AUGGAGGUGCCUUCCUAUCUGCCCAAGCUGCUGUUUGAACUCAACGAGCAGCGCAAGCGUGGCUUCUUCUGUGACUGUAGUAUCCUUGUCGAAGGCCGUGUUUUCAAGGCCCAUCGCAAUGUCCUUUUUGCAGGAAGUGGCUAUUUUAGGGCUCUUUUGGUUCACUAUUUACAGGAUAGUGGUCAGCGCCAAAGCACAGCAUCAUUAGACAUAGUUACAGCUGAUGCCUUUUCCAUCAUCCUGGACUUCCUCUACUCUGGCCGAUUGGCCUUGAGCAGCAGCAGUGUAAUUGAGGUGAUGUCAGCGGCCAGCUAUUUGCAGAUGACCGACCUGGUGAACCUUUGCAAAAAAUACAUUAGCUCCUCUUUGGAAAUAUGCAACAAAGACAAAGAGGGUGUGACAGAGGAGGAGAAUCCAGGACAGGAAGGACGCUAUAGACCCGCCGACAGUGGCACUCCUGCUGCAUCUAAGCCCAAUAGUGUUGGGACUGCGGAACCUCCUUCGCAGGUUACAGAAGCAGAUGGGGCAUCUGUUAAGGCAACUCGAAGCCCUUUGUCCAUGCCUGGCAACACCCCUCCUGGCCCGAGCAGAGACAUGGAAACCGAUUACCAUUCUGGUGGUGAAAGACCAAAAGCACAUACAGAUCAGACGAACUUAACAUCAACUCCGUGCUCAGUUUUGACUCCCGAGUUAGUGAACCCAAAGAUAGAGUAUGACCCAGAUGAGGAACUUUUGGAAUCUCCUGACAAUAAAUACUUAGCAUCAUAUCCGGGACCCUCUGUCCCUCCUCAUAGCAGAUUACUUAUCCCAAGUUUAUCCAAUGAGCGCUCCUCUGUGGGUUACAGCUCUCCCGUUAGUGCCAGGCAACUGAUGGAGAUGCUGGCAAGGGGUGAAGGCCCCAACCCAAUUGUGGACAGAGGGGUUCAGCGCAUUACCCAUAGACCGCCAGGUAGCAUUUUGGGAGUUAGCCGAAUAGACGACAGUUUGGGUUUUGUGGGAUCAUCUGUAAUGGAAAUCCAGUCUGAUUGGAUUGGAGAAGACACAGGUGACAGUUUACUGGUUCCUGUCAAAUUGCACAAGUGCCCUUUCUGUCCGUACACUGCCAAGCAGAAGGGCAUCAUGAAACGGCACCUUCGUUGUCACACAGGCGAAAGGCCCUUCCCCUGUCCAAUGUGUGGAAAAAGGUUCACAAGGCAGGAGCAUCUUCGCACCCAUGCUCUCAGCGUCCACAGACAUGACUUGCCUAUGUCAUGCAAAAGCUGCAGGAGAAUUUUUUCCGGAAACAGUGUAUCUCCGGGGUUCCGACGCUACGGCAUCUGUGAUAGCUGUAACUGCGUGACCACCACUCACGCCGACUCCACCCCCCUGCAUCCGACUGGCCCAGCUGAACACAUGGAACGUGAAGAUGGUGGGACCGAUUGGGCCAGCUUCAUGGAUGAUGUGGAUGAGGUGGAGGUUGGCAGAGUGGAAGACUUGGUGGAAAAACAGAUGCUUGAAAGGCAGCUGACGGCGUGUGAUGAUGUAGGUCACCCUCUGUAA